AUGAGUUCCGUUAAAGAGAAACUCCGAAGUUCUAUCAAUGAAGUUGAAGGUAUCAGACCAAAUGAUCUAAGAUGUUCAUUCGCCGCAGUUUCCAAGCAAGGGCGGAACCUGCCGUGGAAUGUGGACUUGAUACUAAGAUUUUCUGGUAUUGUCGACAUCCGUCCUGUUCAGUAUUUCAAAACGACUUUCGAUCAUGAUAUACAGGACCUGACAGCUCAGAUGAGCUUUACCAUUGAUACGACCGGCUCGGAAAAGGUGAAACAGGUUCCUAAAAUACAUGUGCAUCGAAUCCAACUGUCCUGUGGGAAGGUUGGCGGAUUGUUUAAGGGCCGUCUGGCAUCCGAGCUCGACAUACUGGGUCGGAAUAGCACCAAAAACAAGGCAAUGUUGGAAGACAUUAACGCAAAGCUGAACGACUCACUGUUGAAAAUGGGCGACCUAGCCAAACUGGAAGCCAUGGAACCAUAUAAUCUCUCGACUAUUCCUCAGAGCCCCCCAAGUGAAGGUAAUCAUGCGGAAUGGAUGUCAAUUCCGGAAAUUCAAUCAAAGCCUCUUGGGCAACUCAAAAUCCCCGGAACCCACAAUAGUGCAGCAUAUAACGCCCUCCACUCAUGGCUUGAUGACACCGAAAACAUAUAUAUUGGCCAGCAGGCGUACGAUGACCUAAUCGACCAUAUCACCCUUUUGAGUCAGGCUCAUGACAUAUCUAAAACCCUCAAAAGACAGCUUGAAGAUGGUAUACGCUUCCUUGAUCUACGUAUCUACCGAGAGGAUGAUGGUGAAUACUACAAUCAGCAUUUCCUCCGUGGACCAAAACUGGAUGAGCUCCUCGAUCAGAUUGGGCAAUUUCUCGAGAAGCAUAGUUCCUCUGCGGAAUUUAUCAUUGUGGAGCUCGCACAAUGCUACUCCCUUCGGGAACAUGUCACCGAAGUAGCCAACAAGGUCAACAGCAGACUCGCGCGUUGGCUCUACAUGCCAUCAGACGCAAAGACUCACCUAGGGAGAUAUGAUUUCCAAACUCUCCACGACAAACCCCUAUCAUCCAUCACAAAAGGAAAGCCGAAGGUUCUCUUCGUUAGCAGGGAGGGGGCGUGCACAUUUCCUCAUUCUGUACUUAACGUGGUUGAUGAUAGUCUUGAGAAACCUGGAAACGGCAGCCCUCUCCUUCCUAAAUGGUUUACGAAGGUGCCCUCAAAUGGAGAAGAGGUUGCCCAUAUUCUCCUGAACACAUUCGAUCCAGAUGCUCGCAUCAAGAACUUGCGACACAGAGCAUACGAGCGCAACGCCGAAGUUAGCCAAGUCCUUGGUCAGAAGGACACCCCUUGGCGGUAUAUGAUGGACUGGUAUACUGAUUGCAAGGGCGUGGAGAAGUCCGAGGACCUUCCAGUCGAGCGUAUCAUCCAGGCGAACAAGUGA